AUGACCGACCCGUUCUCUAUCAGUGGCGGCGUGGUCGGGGUUGUCUCUCUCGGCCUCACGGUCUCCCAGGGACUCAUUGCUUAUUAUGGGCCCUGGAAGAGCUACGAUGACGAGAUUUCAGGCUUCACCACAAGGCUGGAGGGCCUGCAACACUCGUUACAGGUGCUUCACGAGUUUAUUUCCCCGGAACAGGAGCUCGAUCUGCCAUCCGACCAGUACAAGAAGAUAGUCUCUUUGCAGCUAAAGUAG